AUGGAAGAAGUGAAGAAGGUAGUGCUUAAUGAGAACUGCUCCACUGCGAUGCUGAAUAAGCUACCAAAGAAGAAGGGCGAUCCGGGGAGCUUAACUUUACCUUGCCAAUUUGGCAACUUGGCUGCUAUUCAUGCCUUAGCUGAUUCUGGAGCAAGUGUGAACCUUAUGCCAUACUCAUUCUUUAAGAAGCUGGACCUCCCGGAGCCAAGGCCAAUUCGCAUGGCAAUACAUUUAGCAAACAAGACAAUCACCUUUCCAAGAGGCAUAUGCGAAGACUUACUAGUGAAAGUGGAUAAAUUUGUCUUUCCUGCCGACUUUAUCAUUCUAGACAUGGAGGCGGAUCCACAAGUACCAAUCAUCCUUGGAAGGCCCUUCCUCAACACAGCCAGCGCUAUAGUAGACAUGAGAGACUCAAAGCUCACCCUGCGGGUCGGGGACGAUUCAGUGACAUUCGGGGUGGACCAAGCUAUGAAGUAUUCUAGAAGCAGUGACGAUGCGACAUUCUCAAUAGAUAUGCUUGACGAACUAUUGGAGGAAGGCAUACCUGAAGAUUCCAGCAAGUUUACAGCUUUAGAUGAAGCAUUUGAUCCAGAAUAA